AUGAAUCUCGCGGAUGGAGCAACUAGUGCUUCGCAAUUCACAAUUGACUUUGAGGAUAUGGAGAAGAAAAUCAAUGAGAAGACAAAGAUGCUAGUUAUCAACAAUCCACACAACCCAACUGGCAAAUUGUUUACUCGUCAGGAGCUGGAGAAGCUUGCGGAGAUCGCAAAGACGCACAAUUUGAUUGUCAUCGCCGAUGAGGUUUACGAGUUCCACGUGUGGGAUAAGAACGAUAUGGUUCGGUUUGCUAGCCUCCCUGGAAUGUACGAGCACACUAUCUCCAUUGGCAGCGCCGGCAAGGCCUUCUCCGUGACUGGAUGGAAACUCGGAUGGGCUGUCGGACCGAAACAACUUCUCGAGCCACUCAAAGCUAUCCAUCAAAACUGUGUCUUCACUUGCUCGUCACCCACUCAAAUGGCUAUCGCUGAAGCCUUCCGUCUCGAUUGGCCCAAGUUCUUGAAUGACCCAAAGAAUUCAUACCUGGCGACUGGAUUGUCGGGAGAGCUUCGUGGCAAGCGAGACAAACUGGCAAAGAUGUUGGAAGCGGGAAACUUCCGUCCGAUUAUUCCGGACGCCGGGUACUUUAUGCUGGCGGAUUACUCCCAUUUCAAAGAAGGUCUCAAACUUGCUUCCGAAGCUGAUCCCGAUGACUUUGUCUUCUCGCGUUGGCUCUGUCGUGAGAAGAAGCUCGCCGUCAUCCCACCAUCCGCUUUCUACUCCUCUCGUGCCGAGAAAGACAAAAACAGUCACAUGGUCCGUCUCUGCUACUUCAAAAAAAACGAAACACUCGACGCAGCAGAGGUCAUUCUGAACCAGCUCAGUCACCACAUUUACAUGAUCCAUAUUAGAAAUUGUGUGCAGACCAACUCGAACUCAAAAGUGACUGAUGAACAUAAUGACAGUGACAUGUCAUCUGGAGCAGACAGCUCGUAUGGUGUGUUAUCGCUUCCAUUUGACGACUUUGAUAUCAUGUUGACCGAUCUAAAUGAAGCUGAACUAGAUAAGAUUGGAACAGCAGAAGGUGUAAAACAUUUGAGUGACGCUAUAUUCUCCAAUCCUGCCUACCCCGUUCAGGGAAUUAUCCAUGGUGUGCAUUCGCGCAUGAUGAUUCCUCUGAUAUUUCAACAUUAUAACAACAUUGGCAACCCAUCAUAUAUACCGUUUUGCAUCCAGGAGCAGUCAACUCGCGUGGAAGUACUGAUUAGCAGAGUUGGCUCUCAUUACGAGCAUGUUAAUCUUCUCGGCAUGAAUGCUCUUCGGAAAUUGAAGCUAAACAUGGAUAUCAACUGGGAUCAAGACACUUUCGAAUUGACGAAAAAGUGA